CUCACUUGUAACUCUUGUUCUCGUUUGCGCUGAUUCCCCCAGCACAUCUCUCAUCAUGAACGGAGACGGCCCAGAACCAAAGCGGCACUGGCGCAAGCACUUCCUUCCCCUCGAAUCGAACCCAGAUGUCUUCACCGAGCUCAUCCACAAGCUCGGCAUGUCGGAUUCCCUCAGUUUCCAAGAUGUCUACUCGCUCGAUGAUCCCGAGCUGCUCGCGUUGAUUCCGCGCCCAGCCCACGCGCUUGUCCUGGUCUUCCCGACAACGAGAGCGUACGAGAAGCGGGUCGUGGACGAAGAUGCUAGGCUGACCGAGUACGUCGGCUGUGGGGACGGGGAGGGAGUAGUCUUCUUCAAGCAAACUAUCAACAACGCCUGUGGACUGUAUGCUAUUCUCCACGGAAUCUGCAACGGCAGUGCAAGGGCGUUGAUGGGAGACGAAGCUCUCAUGGCCAGCCUGCUCAAGGCUUGCACACCUCUCAAGCCAGACGAGCGGGGACUAGCGCUCGAAGAUAGCAAGGAGCUCGAAGAAGCCUACGCUUCGGUGGCUAGCAAAGGCGACACAGCACCACCGGAAAACCCCGAAGUAGACGUCGACUACCAUUACAUCUGCUUCGUGAAGUCUCAGCAGAACGGGCAUUUGUAUCAAAUGGACGGCAUGCGCAAACGACCGCUCGACCUUGGCCCUCUCUCGACGGAAGAAGACGUGCUUUCAGACGCGUGCCUCCGCGUCAUCCGCGACAUGAUUGCGAGCGAGCAGGGUGCAAACUUAGGAUUCAACCUCAUGGCUCUGGUGUCUGAAUAGUACCUCGGUGCUUUUGAUAUGAAAAGAUGUUGGGAUGGUGCAGGGAUAUGUAGGUGCGCAAGGAGUCACACUCUUCGUAGGAGAUCUCGGAAGAGCGAGGAAGUGUGAACUAUGAAGGACCUUUUUUGUUCUUGCAACGGAAAGCACGGGCGAUUGGUGCAGCCGCAUGCACCGCAUCGACGCAGAACGCGAAGAUGAGGGAUGCUCCCCAAGGGGACUUGUGAAGGUGUCGGAGACCAAGUGGCUGGUGUGCGGGUUGCUUAGGUAGAAGUCAUCAAAGCUGCAGUAGAAAUGAUGGAACACGCGUC